AUGUAUGUCUUGGCAAAGUUGGACGUGGCAAAGGCAUUGGGUCCGAAUGAGGACUCAAUCAACACGGCAGAGGCAAUAGCCAAAGUGGUGGGAGCAGAUCCCAGCGCACUCUAUCGUCUCAUGCAUUCAACUGCCGUCGAAGGAUUGUUCCGUGAGAUCAUCGAUGACACCAAGACUGGCGUCUUUGGUCACACGCCACUAUCAAUGGAGUUGUUGGACCCACUUACACGCGACCAGACGCUCUGUUUCUGCGGUCCGGGCUUCUACAGGGGCUGGGAGUCGUUGGAGGAGAGCAUCAAGACUGGCAAGUGUCAGUAUCAAAAGGCCACCGGUUAUGUUGACUAUUGGGACUUCCUCACCAAGCAUCCGGACGAUGAAUACAUAUUCAAGAGAUCCAUGUCAUCCAUCACAAUCAACAGUGUCAAACGUCUGUCUGAGCUCGGUGACUUCAAGCAGUUCAAUGUCGUCUGUGAUGUUGGUGCAUCAGAGGGAAUCUUGCUGAAGGAGAUACUGAGGACAUACCCAACAAUCAAGAAGGGCAUUGCGUUUGAUCGUCCAACUGUGAUCAAUAAGAAUGUACAUGAGGCGAACUUGGACCCAAGGUUUAGUGAGGUGACUGGUGACUUCUUUGUGAGCGUGCCCGCCGCCGAUUGCUACAUCCUCAAGUCCAUCCUGCAUGAUUGGAACGAUGAGAGCAGCGCCGCCAUCUUGAACACGCUGGGCAGGUCGCUGAACCCGGGCGGCAAGGUCUAUAUCAUGGACUAUGUGAUCGGUCUACCGGGCUACACUGCCGCGCAAGAGUCGCACAUCGCCUGGCUCGACAUGCACAUGCUGCAGAUGGUCGAUGGCAAGGAGCGCUCCAAGAAGGACUUUGACGACCUGUGCAAGAAGACGCCGUUCCACGUGGAGAACAUCAUCAUCUCGCAGCUCAAGGCUGACAUGUGGCUCUCAAACAUCGUUGUCCUAACUAAAUGA